AUGGCAAUUAUUAAAUUACUUUUUUAUGGAAAUGUAAUUUCGACUAAUGAUGAUGGAGAAAGAUAAUCUCAUUUUUUAGAAUUUAGUGGAGAAAUGAUAAAUGACUGUUUUGCUAUCUUUUUUAUAGUUCUCUAAUUAUAAAAAGAGAAUACAAAUAUCUUUCAAACUAUGUAAAUGCAACUUGAUAAACUAUUAGAGUUAAAUGGUAUCACUUUUAUAUAGUGA